AGCGUAAGGCGAAGAGAGAGAUGACAUCCACGGAGGAGUGAGAACGCCUUAUAAAUCGUGUUCACGCCGUGCCGGUCGAACUUUGUCACAGCCAAUCAUCUCAUCUCUCUCUCUCUCUCUCUCUCUCUCAAUCCAACAACACCAAAACCCUUCUUCCUCUUCUCAAUCCCCUUCUCUCCCUCUCCCAAUUCCCCUAAUCGCGCCUCGAAACAUCUUCAAUUUUAGGGUUAGGGAUUUCUUCCUCUUUACAUUUCACCUCUUUUUUUCUUCUUCUACACCGAGACUCCCUCUCCUCACUGGGUGCUGACGUGGGCGCACCCUCGCCGCUUCUCUUUCCAUGGAGGCCACGGCCGCCGUUGCCGCUGCCGCCACUGCCGCCGCCGUGCGCGGCGCCUCUCUCCAGAUGCCGCCUCCGUCCCGCAAAGAGUGGCGUGCUGUCGCUGAGCAUCAUCAUUCUGCGCGAAACCCCGACGACGAGGAGUUAGACAAUGCCAAACUAGGGCAAUCAGAUGAGAGAACAAUAUAUGAGGUGCAGCAAGGAAGAGAGCCUCUUGAUGUUGAUUUUUGUUCAAUAACAGUGGAUGGAGCAGUCGACAAUGAUAUUUUGCAGCAACAGCUACAUAAUGUUGUCAGACAAAGACAAGAACUACUGCAAAUGGAGAUUGAACUAAAGGCUCAAAUGAUUGCUAGAACUGAGAUAAUGGAAAUGCAAAGCACCUUUGAUGCUCAACUCAAGGACCAUGUUAAUAAUGCCAGCAAGCUUCAGGAGCAACUUUGUGAAAGGGAGCACACAAUUCAUGAGCUUGAAAGGAAAAUGGAAGAGAAAGACAGAGAGCUGCAUUCUAUUAAAUUAGACAAUGAAGCAGCAUGGGCUAAACAAGACCUUCUCCGUGAGCAAAACAAAGAACUUGCAACAUUCAGAAUGGAGCGUGAUCAUUCAGAAGCUGAAAGAGCUCAGCAUAUAAAACAAAUACAUGAUCUGCAAGAACAUAUUCAAGAAAAAGAUAGGCAACUUAUUGAGUUGCAGGAACAAAAUAGGGUUGCUCAGGAGACCAUUAUGUUUAAAGAUGAGCAGUUCAGAGAGGCCCAAGCAUGGAUAGCUCGUGUUCGUGAGAUGGAUGUUUUCCAAUCAACAACAAAUCAAACACUACAAGCUGAAUUGCGAGAGCGCACAGAGCAAUAUAAUCAGCUCUGGAUGGGUUUUCAGAGACAGUUUGCAGAGAUGGAAAGAGUUCAUUUGCAUGCUAUUCAGCAACUACAGCUUGAACUAGCUGAUGCAAGAGAGAGGAGUGGAACUUUCAAUGAUGAUUCAAGAAUGUCCCAAAUUAAUUCAAAAAACAAUGUGACUCAGUUUGGACAGGAAAAUGGAAGUCAAUUUGACUUAAAUGGAAGCAAUGCUUCAGGUGGAAAUAAUGGUCUCCUUCCAAAUGAAAGCACUGAUAAUGGUCCACCAUUUGCAUCUACAGGCAAUGCAUCAAUCCAGACUGAACAUGUUGCUGGUGUUCCUAUUGCUCCAUCAUCUCUAAUUGUCCCACCUUCAUACCUCCCACAUGGCCAAGUAACUGCACUGCAUCCAUUUGUUAUGCAUCAACAAGGAGUUCCCAAUUCAGUUGCAUCACAUGUUGGGCAUUUUCACCCAGUGCAGUCAAUGUCACCUGUGCACCAGUGGCAAAACCAACAGUCUGUGUCAGAGGGUUCACAGGUACCCGUACAGGAACAUCCUUCACCAUCUCAAACUGAUCAAAAUUUGAUGAGAUCAGAUGCUAAGUUUAGCUAUGAAAUGUCUGUUAAUGGACAAACUCUUCAUAGAGACUAUCUGGAUGCUCACAUCCAGCAAGGCGAGGAGGCACAAACUGUGAUUUCUUCAGGAACAAGUGAAACACAGGUUUCUCAGUCAGUCGAUAAGACUCAAUUUGUUGCUUCCCAACAAGAUCAAAGCAUGCAACAAAUUUCUUCACAGUUCUCUGAGGCUUUACGAUUGAACUCUUUUGAACCAAAUGGUGAACAUAAGGAGCAGAAUUCUGUGCCAUUAUCUAAUAAUGAACCAGAUGUCCAAGUUUUAUUGGCUGAGCAAGCAACUUCUGCUGUAAAUGCAUCAUCUGUCACAAGCCAUUCAGUUAAUCAUAAUGAAAUGAUCCAGAGCAAUUCCACUGAUUCUGUUUUGUCUGAAGUGUUCACCUCUUCUGGGUCGACAGCUUCUACAAUUGCCAAGACAUCAGAGACUGCUCUCCUUGAUGAAAAAUCAUUAUUAGCUUGUAUUGUACGCACUAUUCCAGCUGGUGGCCGAAUUCGAAUUAGUUCAACGCUCCCUAACAGGCUGGGCAAGAUGCUUGCACCUCUACAUUGGCAUGAUUACAAAAGGAAGUAUGGGAAGCUGGAUGACUUUGUAGCUAGCCAUCCUGAAUUAUUUUUGAUUGAGGGUGACUAUAUUCAGCUCCGUGAAGGUGCACAGAAAAUGGUUGCUGCAACUGCAGCAGUUGCCAAAGUUGCUGCAGCAGCUGCUGCAUCAACUCCUUAUUCUUCAUAUAUGUCCACUGUGGCAGUUACACCAAUGGCUCAAACUCAUCGCAUGAAAAAGGCUCCUUCAAUUGAUUCCAAAAAUAUUAAAAGUGAAUAUGCAGUCAUCUCUUCAAAUCCGGGGGAUGAUCCUUUAAAAAUGUCAGUUAUGCAGCAUCAACAAACUAGUGCAUUUAAUGUUGCCGGAGGUCUUUCAAAUGUCAAAAUUUUGAGUAAAUCUAAGGAUCCUCGGGAAAUGGAUGGCCCUGAAAGUAGGGUUGUGCAGUCUCCUGUACAAUUACCUGUUGGCAAUGGGGGAAGCAUUGACAGAUCAAGUAUGAGCAGUGCCCAAAUUUCAGGCUCAGCAAAUGGGAGGCUAGUCUCAAGCUUUGCUUCUAAACAGCAGACCAGGGCAACUGGUGCUGUGUACCAUUCUCGAAGAUAGGAAGAUGGAAGGGCGUGUUAGAUUAUCCUGUCUCACCAGGAUGCGGAUGAAAACAUACAAGAUUAUUUAUCGGGUUUGUGGGAGAAUGUUUUUUGAAGCAUUGACGGAGUAAUCUUGUGCCCUGGGCAAAAUAUGAUUUUAAGUUGCCGGUGCUAUCUCCACUUUCUGUAGUAAUUUAUUUCUCCCAGCUGUUACAAUUCGGUGUGCUUUCAUUAAGUGGGCCUCAUGCUGUGGUAUUCUUGCAUACAUUGCAUCUGAUAAACUGCGAAUUUUUUGGUGAAUGCUUGAAAGAUUAAUCAACAUAGUUAACCUUUUCAGUUUGCAAACUUUUUUGUAUUUGACCUUUUGAUAUUUGAUAAAUGUCUUAGUCUAACAAGAUCC